UAAGCAUGACUUAAUUACUGAUUCAAACAUUCAUGCCAUGUCCUGUACAUUUUAUUCUUGUGGGACCAGAAAACCAAGGCAUCCCAGCUUCUCGCUCAACAAAUUUGGGUCUCCCAGGGUUAGCGCCAGCACCAGGUGCAGGAGUAGGGCCAAAGUCUGGGAACCCCAUCCAGGGACCUCCCAAGGUGGAUCUCUGGAAGAGAGACCCCCCACGAGCAGGAAAAGGAGGCCAGGGCGGAGACUUGGGCUUCUUCCUAGGCAACAGACGUCCUGGGCUGGACGGUCUUGGGUUGUUGUACUCCUGGGAGGAGCCCUCCCUGGCGUCCUCAGGGCUGCCAAGGUAACUAACCUGCUAGGGCAUGGCCUCCCUCGGGAGCGGGAGCUGGAGUGGUGCCCCAACCCAGAGCACAGCCCCUACGGUGAGGCCCGGGCCCAGACGUUUACGGUGGGGGUCUGGGGGAGGACUGUGGAGCUGGGGUAGGUAUAGACUCUGGGGUGCGCAUGGAAUGUGGGAAGGGAGGUCCCUAACUAAGAGGAAGAGAGUGGACUGGGAGGAAGGGGGGGUCAUGAGGUGCAGAGACACUGAGAGACAAGUGGUGGGGGGAGCUCCUGACAUGCCCCACCCACGUCUACUUGGUUUGGCUGAGUCUCCCCAACCACCCCAGCCCUGGGUGACCAUCUUGCAGCCCUUUCCUUGGACAGUCCCAUCUCCUCAGCCUCAGCAUAACCGAGUCAAGGAAGACCUGCUGGAGCUGAUGCUGCUGCAGAAUGCACAGAUGCAUCAGCUGCUACUGAGCCAACUGGUGGCAGAUGCCCUGAACCCAGGGCCAGAGUGGCCCAGCCCACAGGUCCAUACACACAGCCACGAGGAGCAGAUGGAGGAAGAGAUGGAGAUGCAGGAGCAAGAGCCUUUGGUCUUCCAUCAUCACUACUUGCCUUGCCCAGUGACCUCCUUGGACCCCAUGCCACUCUGGCCAGCCUCUUUCCUUCCUGUUCCCCCACAUCAGCCUCCCUGGCAGGGAACACCCAGGAUUCGGCACCAGCCCGGUGCCUCCAGGAGAGAUGUGCCCCCACCCCCACCCCCCAGUGCAACGGGGACUGUUGGUGCAGAUGUACCUCCGGCUUCAGACUACUAUGAUGCUGACAGCCUGCCAUGAAGACAGAUGUUCACCAGGCCUUGUCACCUUCUGCACAGGACUGCCAAACCCUGGAGCAGCUCUGCACCCAUGCUGGCCCUUCUUACCCACUCUGCGCCCUCCCCCCCAAACCCUCACUGGGCUCUCUACUGCCAUCUUGUGCUGGCUCUUCUGGAGUAAAGGCUCCUUUAAGCCCAACCAUGACCCAGAAGCCACGCAAAACCAAUUGAUCCGCUGUUAUCCCCAUAAAGGCCCUGAUACCAGA